AUGGCGUUGGAUUCAGAUGCUCGGAAAAUUUUUGACCUGAUACUGUUAGGGGAGGAUGUUUGCUUAGCGGUUAACGAGUCCAAUUCGUUCAAGGUGGAAUGUGGUGAGUUGGGGAAGCGACUCGAGGUUUACUUCAUGGCGGCUCAGGAUAUAGUCCGCAACCGAACGCAUCAAAACUUGUUUUGUAGACUCUUCACUAGCCGUAUUGCAACCGAUUUUCAAAAGCUCUUCCACGUUUUAGAUGCUUCUGUCACCGAUAUGGAGUGGGUCGUUAGCCUGUAUGAGCCCCAAAAUAGAGGGAGAUCAUGCUGUAAAACAGAUAAUAGUGUGUCGCCUACUGCUUUGGUCUGGUCUUGCAUUGCCAAUAUCGAAAUGGGGUCUAGUUUAGAUGAUCGAAUCGAGGCUUGUGAUCGUCUUGCAUCACUCGUUCGACAUAAAGAUGAGUAUAAGCACAUCAUUGUUGAAGGUGGGGUAGAUUCACUAAUGAAGCUUUUGAAGGAGAAUUGUCCCUUGGUUGCUCAUAUUGCUGCGGCUAAUACACUUUGCCUUUUAGCUAAUGAGGACAAUGAAGGAACUAUUAUGAAGGAAAUGGUUUCCACAUUCAUAAAAAGUUUAUCGAAAACAUCACCGAUAUCGAAACAAACGCAAGCUGCCGAUUUGGUUGCCAGCAUUGCAGAGCUUAACCCGGAAUCGAAACAACACGAUUUGAUUCGAGAGAACAUAAUAUGGCAGCUGGUGAUCUUGCUGUCAUCUGAACAAUCAACGCUCGAGUUGAAGAUUAGCUGUUCCAAGGCUUUAUGGAAGCUUGCUCAAGGGAGCGUUUCCAAUUGUCGGACUUUAACGGAAACGAAAGGAAUGCUAUGCUUAGCCACGUUAGUGGCAAAAGAACAAGGUGAACUACGGUAUAAUUGCAUAAUGAUCAUAAAGGAGAUCACAUCUAUUGCUGAAUCAGAUAAUGGUUUUCGAAGUUCCGCCUUCACGAGUUCUUCUCCAGCUGCAAAGGCGGUGGUUGACGAGCUAUUGAGGGUAAUCAAAGAGCUUGACGAUACAAAACUAAGAGUUCCUGCAAUUAAGUCAAUUGGUUCAUUGGCAAGGUCUUUCUUGGCCAGACAGAGUCGAGUGAUCGGUCCAUUGGUGGCUCGGCUGGGGAAUACAGAUCAAGAUGUUGCAAUGGAAGCUGCAAUUGCAUUGAAAAAAUUCGUUUCCACCGAUAAUUACCUUUGUUCGGAGCAUUCGAAGUCGAUAAUAGAAUUCGAAGGUGUACCAUUGUUGAUGAAGUUACUAAAUAGUGGGGAUAAAAGCACCCAUCCGCACGUAUUAGCAUUGAUAUGCUACCUUGCCCAACAUGACAGCAAUAGCAAUGUUUUGAUAAAAGCUGGAGCUUUAACUGCUCUUCAGACAAUAGAUCCCGAGGUCAUUACAGAAUAUAGAGAGCUAGAAACAUUGGUCCCUCACACAAUAUCCAAACUCCAAUCCUAUCUUACUGUGGAGCAGCAACAAACUGAGAGCUCAACGGGCAUCAAACAGUUUUUUACAAAACAGAGCAAAGCAGUUGUUGCCACUAUAGGAGGUCGAUUAAAGCUGCUGUACUAA